AUGGCGGCGGAUACAACCACCAGCACAACAGGUUCAACAUUCACGUUCAUCUCCCACGAUAAGGCUGGGGUACAUUGUAAAUCUCAUCACAGACAACCAGGAUCCUACUCUCAGUCCAGUUCAAUCUCGUCGUUCGAUGCCACCACAUCCCUUAUUCGCACAAGAUCGCAAGACAACUCUCCACCUACUGUAAUCCCUACCUCCUCAUGCUACAAAUACUCCGCCUCGACUCCAGGAAAAGAAACUACAGUUCUUUACACUUCGUACUCUGAAUCAAAUCUUUGGCGGAGGAAGAAAAACCACCGAAGAAGGGGAAACGUUCUUACGAUUAAUCCGGAAACGAGGACAAAUGGACCUGGAUAUUUAUAUAGAAGAAUAUUCAAACUCGUAUUCGUCGGGUGCCUGAUUCUCUUCUUCCAUGCGCUUUCCGGUAUGGGUGUGGUCGUUGUUGAGGAUGACGACGACGUUGGGAAUGGAAUGCCACUCACCAGGAGUCCCGAGUCUAAUUAUGGGCGCAUACGAUCGGAACGAUAUCCUUCCGAUCUUCUUCCACAUCUACAACGCAGGAACGCAAGCACGGAACAUUUGGUGAACCCAGAACAUGACCACCUUGCUAUUGAUCUGGACGGACAUUACGCACACACUACCACUAUACCAUUUCCUAUCAAGAAUGAACGGGUCCUUGAUUCUGGAAUGGUGGUAACGGGGAUGGAUGGGCCUGAGCCGACAACGGUGGAAUUGCCGAAAUUCAGAUCCCGAUCAGACAGAGAUUCACCCGAGGUUCCGCAUGUACCACAGCAUUCACCUACUAGUGCAGAGUCGGAAACGGAUAUGGACCUUCCGCUAUUCGAGUUCGGUGAUCCUAUAUACCCGUUACGGAUCCAUCUUCCAAUGCCAAGUUUCUUGUCACCUGCUGAGGAACAUAAACGGAGGAGGCGGAUGCGUGCACAGGGUUUAGUUUAA